UCAAGUCAUUGUUUGCACAGGUUGUCAUGACAACGUCACAAAGAAUUGUAUUUGAAACGGCAACAGUCAUUACCUAGUAAACUUGCUUUCGUUUCAGAGUAAAAGAGAAGUAAAUUUUUUUUUUUUUGAAAAGAAGUACAAAUCAACGUAAAUAAUUUAUAAAAUAAUAAAAACCCAAUUCAAAUAUACAAAAUGAUUGACUUUUAUUACUUGCCAGCGAGUGCACCAUGUCGGGCAGUUAUGAUGCUUGCUAAGGCAAUAGGUGUUCGAUUGAAUUUAAAAAUUGUUGAUAUUUUAAAAAGAGAACAAUUGAAAUUCUCAUUUAUUAAAAUAAAUCCUCAACAUUCGAUUCCAACAUUAAAUGAUAAUGGAUUUAUUUUAUGGGAGAGUAGAGCAAUAAUGAUAUAUUUGGUAAGUCGUUAUGCUAAAAAUGAUGAUCUCUAUCCUAAAAAUCCACGAAGAAAAAGUAUUGUCGAUCAAAGACUUUAUUUUGAUAUUGGAACAUUGUAUAAAAAUGUUUACAACACCUAUUUUGACGUCAUGCUGGGAAAUAUAAAACAACCUCUUGAGAAAGAAGUUCAAGAUUUAGAAAAAUCAUUGGAAAUACUAAAUAUAUUUCUUCAAGAUACUAAAUUUGUUGCUGGAAAUUGUUUAACUAUUGCUGAUUUUAGUAUUGUUGCAACUAUUAGUACUGCUGAGGCGUUUGGAUUUGAUAUUGCCAGAUACGAUAAUGUUGCCGCUUGGUAUAAACGUUGCAGAAAUUCUAUGGCGAAAUUUGAUUUUGAAGAAAUUAAUAUUACUGGUGCUAAAAUUCUAGGAAAUAUGUAUAAAAAAAACUUAAAACUAGAAACAGGAUAACAUUUUCAAAUUCCCGCCUGAAUAAUAUCUUCCCG